UUUUAAACCGUUGAAAGUAUGUCAAUUAUAAUUUAUUUUAAUCCACAUUAAUAUUGACAGAUGUCCCAUACCACCUUUAGUUCAUUUUAUUGUUGGUUUUCUUUUCCUUCAGAUAUUUCACUUCUAUUCCUCUUCUCCAAACUCUUGAAUCCUACGGUGUAUAUGGUUGCGGGACUAUAAUGGCAAACAGGAAAAGGUUUCCCUCACAACUGAAGAACCCACACCUUCCUGAGAGAGGAGAUGCUGAACAGAUGCAACAUAAUAACCUUGUUGCCACCGUAUGGAAUGAUGCUAAACCUGUUCACAUUGUAUCUACAACAUCUGACCCUCUCGGAGAUGGCCCAGCUCAAAGAAGGGUUCGGGGUGGUGGUGUUAUCAUCAUUCAGCACCCGCCUGCAGUUGAGCACUACCAACAGCACUACUAUGGUGUAGACAGAACACAGCAAUACAGAUCCAAGUGUCCAGUUGGCCGUCCAUCCAAAAAGUUUUGGAAGUAUCUGGUCAACUAUAUUUUUGAAAUUUCUCUGAUCAACACAUUCCUUCUUUGGUUUGAAACCCCAGGAACAAGAAAACCAACAAAACAUUUCUCUAUGGUUGACUGCAACUUGUCUAUCGCAGAGAAACUUAUUGGUGAUUUCUCUAGCAGAGAGCGGGCACCUUCAUGUGGAAGGGGAGUUGCAGGUAUAAGUGUUGCUAACAUCAACCGGCACACCAGCACAAAGUUGACAAGACCGCGAGGAAGAUGCAAACAGUGCAAGAAGAAUGGCAGAAGAAGUGACACAUUUUUUGGUUGUAGCAUUUGUAAUGUACAUCUGUGUAGAGGAGCUUGUUUUCAGGCCUAUCACACUUAUCAUCACUUGCUUAUGGAAUAGGUUUAUAUAUCAUGUAAUGUCUGUUUAUAAUUGCAUGUUUUGUUCAAAUAAUAUGUGUCUACUUUAUUUGGUGGCUCCAAGCACUUAUCUAAUCCACUCAAAUGGUUUGCAUUUUUUCAAAGGUGAUUUUGUCGUGUACCAUGUAUUUUUAAAACCUAAAUCUAAAAAAUAAUCUAAAUAUGUUAUUGAAAAGAAAUAAACUAUUCAUCACUGUGUGUUGGUAACUGUUGCCAUGACAACCAUUUUUAAUUCAUGUACAUGUAUUUAAUAUUUCUAUUGUAUACUAAAGCUGAAUUCUUUAUUCAUUGAUUUUCUUGAAAAAUUGAUAAAGCUUCUUGGUUUCUUUCCAUAUGAAUUUUGUUGUAUUCAUAAUGAAAUAAUUUUAUUGAUAAGCUUGUGGUCUUGUUGCUAUGGUAACUAUUGUUUCUGCGUUUUCAAGGAUGUAUUAUUAGAAAAAAAAAUAUAUCGUCGGUAACAUUAUAAACCACCAUGUAGACUGUUAUUGCCUUUUUUGGGUCACUAAAGACACACUUUGAAACUUUAUUACAAUUGUUUGUUGUUACUUUUUUUUUGAUCAGAAAAUGCCAAAUGUUGCGCAAAGCAACAUCAAAAAAGUUGUUUCAAAUUGUUUUGAUUAGAACUCCAGCUGUUCAAUAAUACUUUACAAUGUAUUUUUAUGUAGAAUAUUCUGUAUAUUACUUUAUCGUUCAAUAUGGUAUCAAAAUAUUCCACUAUUCAAUGAAAAAUUUAUGAAAAAAUAUUAUUUUAUGAUUUAAGCCCAAAACGUUGCCAUGGCAACCGCAUAUUUGACUUUUUUUAAUCAAAUUUAAAAUCUGCAAAAAAAUGUGUUUCAUUCCAUAUAAGGUUGUUUGAGUAAAAAAAUAACCAGUAUUAAGUUAAAUUCAAUUUGUUAUUAUAUAACUUGAUUUUGGUAAAUUGUGAAAAGUUCUGGGGGUUAGAGGG